UCGAAAUCCCCUGAUUUUCAAAAAUUCAACCAACAAAAAAUUAAAGCAUAUUUUCUACCAAUAAACAUAAUUAUACAAGAGACUUAAACAACUAUAUAUGCCUGAAGUAAUAUUUCCCCAUUAAACAGCAGGGGUCUAACGGAUAAUUGUAUUGUUAGUUACUCCGACACACUUCAGCUGUCAAGGAAUAACAAAUUCUCCUUUGAUUAACCUGUCAAUCAGUGUCAGUAUUGCAGGUGAUUAACCAAUGACAGGGUCCGAAACUGAAUGUGUGACGUAUCAAUAUUUGUUUGGCUAUGUAACCCCGCCUUGAGUUUGUUGUCGGCAUUGGGUCUUUGAAGUUGAUAAGUGCAGAUAAAAAAAUAAUGAUCAGGCAAUAGAAUCUCAAAGAAUCACAGAUAAGCAAUGUUUGAAACUAUUAUUUUUUAUGUAACUGUGAUCUAUGUUGUUGCAAAAAUAAUAUAUUAUAAACUAGCUUUGUCUCACAGUGUGAAAAUGUUGAUACCUUUCAUUUAACCCUUUCCCCCAUGAGCAUAUUGUGAAAAAUGGCCGUUUUCACUGAAAAGCCUCCUGUUACAAGUUCAAACUGCUAUGAAACUAUGAAAAAUGCUUCAAUACUCAUCAAACUUGGCACAAAUGUUAACUGGACCAUUGCCUUUGUAACAACAUGCUCAGUCUUAAAUUUCCUGUUACCAUGGCAAUGAGGGGACAUCUCAAAAUUGCCAAAAAUCACUAUUUUGCCUAGAUUUUUUCCAUCAAAAUUUAUUUCAAAGUGCUGCAACUGCUCAAGGGAUUGAGAUAGAGUCAAAGGAUUUUCAGCGUUGGUUAAACGUUACCUUAUGAUCAAUCUGGGGUCAUUUAUAGCCUCUCACAAGUCCAAAAUUUUCUUGGCAAUGAGGGGGACUCCACCCCCCUUCAAACCCCCCCAAACAGAAGGGGGCACAUCCCCCUUCUGGCAACCCCCUGAUGUAUCUUUUGGUUGGGGGGCCGCGUCGAAAAAGUGGUCACUUUUUUUAACAACAUUUCUCAAACAAAAAAAAGUGUUAAGGGCCUAAAUAAUGCAUUUUUUCACCAUUUGAGACAGCAAAAAGGGGGGGGGGGAUGAAAAAGGCGUUAAAAGGUGUGUAUAUGAAGUAAUGGGUUAACUUAGGUUUUGGGGCAUAUAGAUGUAUAAAAUUGUUAAAUGUGAAAUUUUGCAAUGGUAAUAAAAAGGUCAAACUUAAAAUUAUUUUUGUACAUCCUGGAACAAAAUUGUCAAUUUAAGUGAGGAUAUACUAUAAUUAUGUAAAUAGAUAUUUUUUGUCUGAAAUUAAUUUAUUUGGCAUAAACAUAUUUAAACCUGGAGAAAUGGUACAAAGAAAGUAAGGAAACUUUAUUCUUUAAACAACAAAUAUAUAAUUUUGCCUAACGUUUUCAUUUAAAGAUAUACCUUUUAUGUGUGUGUUUGGGUUUGUUUAUGCUCAAGAGACCAGAAUAUUAUGGGAGAGCAUAGAUAUAUCGAUAUAUUAUUUUUGAUUUGUCAUUUGUUACAUACUCAACUUUAUCCUUAAUUGCAAAUUAAAUUGGAAAUAACAAGGUUGGCUAGUUUACUUAAUUUGUAUAGCCCAGAAAAAGUUUGUAGGGAAAUGACUAUGGGUGAUAAAAUAAGUUUUUAUUAGGAAUCUAAAAUUAAUUACUUUAUAGGUGUCUAUCUGAAAUAAAGAAAUAUAGCGUUAUAGGACUAUCUUUCAAUUAUAAGAGCAAGAUUAUAUAGUCAACUCGCUAUUUCAUAUUUUGCAACUUGCUGUUUUGUAAUUAUAACUUGCUCUUCCAAUCUUUUGUUUGUGAUAGAAGUACAUGUAUGACAGAUUGCGGUUUUACAGGACUUAUUUUAUUGCUCUGUUAAUUGUUUGAAUAAAAAAAACAUUGAUACAUAAAAAUUGCCUUGGAAUUUAAUAUUUGUAGGUGCCAAUUAAUUCUCUCUUUUUUCUCUCUCUCUCCCAUUUGCCUGUUUAGUAGAUUUUCAGAGUUAGAUUACAGUUUAAUGAUGGAUUGCAUAUUUUAUUCAUUUUCAUAUGGUACUAAAAUUUGUUUGCGAAAAAAUGUUUUUUUAGCUCAUCUGAGCAUAUGCUCAGGGUGAGCUAUUAGGAUCACUCUUUGUCCUGUAUCCGUCGUACGUCAUCCGUUCACAAUUUUCAUACGACAUCUCCUCUGAAACCAUAAGGCAGAUCAUAAUGAAACUUCACAGGGAUGUUCCUUGUGUAAAGCCUUAACAAAGUUGUUCAAAGAAUUCCAUCCCAUGCAGAACUCUGGUUGCCAUGGCAACCAAAAGAAAAAACUUUAAACAUCUUCUUCUAGAAAACCCAAAGAGCUAGAGCUUAGAUAUUUGGCAUGAAACAUCUUCUAGUGAGUGUCUACCAAGAUUGUUCAAAUAAAAGCCCUGGGGUCAAAAUUGGCCCCGCCCCAGGGGGUCAUUGAUUUUCCCUAUAUGCAUAUAUAUGGUAAAAACUUUAAAAAAUCUUCUUUUAAAGAACCCAAAGAGCUAGACCUAAGAUAUUAAGCAUGAAACAUCUUCUAAUGAGUGUCUACCAAGAUUGUUCAAAUAAAAGCCCUGGGGUCAAAAUUGGCCCUGCCCCAGGGGGUCAUUGAUUUUCCUUAUAUGCAUAUAGUAAAAACUUAAAAAAUCUUCUUCUAAAAAACCCAAAGAGCUAGAGCUUAGAUAUUUAGUAUUUAACAUGUUCUAAUGGAUGUCUACCAAGUUUGUUCAAAUAAUAGCCCUGGGGUCAAAAUUGGCCCCGCCCAAGGGGGUCAUUGAUUUUCCCUAUAUGCAUAUGGUAAAAACUUAAAAAAAUCUUCUUUUAAAGAACCAAAAGAGCUAGACCUAAGAUAUUAAGCAUGAAACAUCUUCUAAUAAGUGUCUACCAAGAUUGAACAAAUAAAAGCCCUGGGGUCAAAAUUGGCCCCGCCCCAGGGGUCAUUGAUUUUUCCUAUAUGCAUAUAGUAAAAACUUAAAAAAAUCUUCUUUUAAAGAACCCAAAGAGCUAAGGCUAAGAUAUUAAGCAUGAAACAUGUUCUAAUUAGUGUCUACCAAGAUUGUUCAAAUAAAAACCCUGGGGUCAAAAUUGGCCCCGCCCCAGGGGCUCAUUGAUUUUCCCUGUAUGCAUAUAGUAAAAACUUAAAAAAUCUUCUUCUAAAAAACCCAAAGAGCUAGAGCUUAGCUAUUUGGUGUAAAACAUGUUCUAAUGGAUGUCUACCAAGUUUGUUCAAAUAAAAGCCCUGGGGUCAAAAUUGGCCCAGCCCCAGGGGGUCAUUGAUUUUCCCUAUAUGCAUAUAGUAAAAACUUAAAAAAAUCUUCUAUUAAAAAACCCAAAGAGCAAGAGCUAAGAUAUUAAGCAUGAAACAUCUUCUUAUCAGUGUUUACCAAGUUUGUUCAAAUAAAAGCCCUGGGGUCAAUUGGCCCCGCCCCAGGGGGUCAUUGAUUUUUUCCCUAUAUGCAUAUAGUAAAAACUUAAAAAAAAGUUCUUUUAAAGAACCCAAAGAGCUAGAGCUAAGAUAUUUAGCAUGAAACAUGUUCUAAUGGGUUUCUACCAAAUUUGUUCAAAUAAAAGCCCUGGGGUCAAAAUUGGCCCUGUCCCAGGGGUCAUUGAUUUUCCCUAUAUACAUAGAGUAAAUUGUUAAAAUUCUUCUAUUAAAGAACCAAAAGAGCUGGAGCUAAGAUAUUUAGCAUGAAACAUGUUCUAAUGGAUGUUUACCAAGUUUGUUCAAAUAAAAGCCCUUGGGUCAAAAUUGGCCCUGCCAGGGAGAGGGGGGUGGCAAAAGUCAUUGUUAUUCAUUAUUUGUGUAUAGUAAAAACUUAACAUCAUGAAAUAUCUUCUAAUGGGUGUCUUCCAAGUUUGUUCAAAUAAAAGCCCUUUGGUUUAAACUGGCCCGGCCCUGGGGGCCUAUGUUCAGGUGAGCGACCCCAGGGCCAUCAUGGCCCUCUUGUUUAUAUAUAUAGAAACUGUAAUAAAAUAGCGAAUUUUGAUAAACAUUUUAUCUGUAUGAUACUUGAAUAUUAAGGAAUAACAUUUUACUUUGAGUUUUUGUUUUAGUAAUAGUAAAAUUAAUGUUAUUUGUUAUAUAAUUGAUGCUGUUCAGUUUCAUUCCUACAAAAUAUAGACUGUAUCAUAAAUACUUAAAAAAUUAUAUGAUCCAAGGGUCAUAUUCAUAAUUUAAAUUUGUAAAGCUUAUAAAUCACCUUUAAAAUUUAAAUUUGUGCUUUUCAAAAUAUGUAAUGUAGCCAAAGUACUUGCUGACUAUAUUAUCUUAUAGAAGAUAAUUAUUUGUACUAUUCUAUUAAAAUGUUUAUGAAUGAUUCACUUUAUGAAGCAUAUGUUUAUGCCUUUGAUUUUAUUGUUUUAGGGUAUCAACCUAAAUGUGGUCCACGUUAUUACUUCGAACAACCAAAUGGCCUCUAUUCACGUCUGAUCACUGAAGGUUUCGAGUUGGCAAGUAAUAAGGCAUUAGAAGACCUUGAGGCGGUGAAGGUCAAGCGUGAAAUUGAUCCUGAUACAUUGAUCCAGAUGGCCCGCACCUCACUGAGAACCAAAGUUUACCAAAAAUUGGCUCUUAUGGAGAAUGUUGCUGAUGCUGUACUACCCAUCAAGAGUGAUAAGGAGCCCAUUGAUCUGCACAUGGUUGAGAUCAUGGAAAUGCAGCACAAAACUGACAUGGACACUGUGGAGGUGAACUCUCGUUUCUUCUACAAGAAGGCAGAAGAGCCUGAGAAGCUUGUACAAGCUGAGCGACAGUUCAUUGAUGAUCGAGUGAAGAAAAUAAUUCCCCUGAAGAAACAAGUGUGUGAUGGAAGCAACAAGGGAUUUAUUGUGAUCAAUCAGAAGAUUGGAUCUGGACAAAGUUCAUCCCUUCAAAACUCUAUGACCUCACAGACUGCUUCCAAUGUUAGUGCUCUUGUCUCACUACAACAGAAUGCCUUGCAUGAUAAUUUGGGUCCCAGUCUAACAGAAUUGACUGGUAAUAAUUUGACUGGUUCAGGACUUACUGGAAAUAGUUUAAUGGGGACCAGUCUCGGCAAUUCUCUGUCUACCAGUCUGCCGGUGAACAGCCUGACUG